AUGUUGGGAGAUCCGGCUUGGUGCAAUCAGAAGCUCAGAUGCACCUACAAUCAAGACAGGGGGCAUAUGACUCAGAACUGCAGGGCACUGAAACAACACUUGGAGGACUUGGUAGCAUCUGGACACCUCCAGGAUUACAUUGAUCAGGAUGAGGAAGUGACCGAACCGGGGAACCCACCACCAGAACCAAAUAUUGAGCAUCCACCUCGGUUGAUAAUAAAUGUGAUCCAUGGGGCAGCGACUCAGGAACCGGAAGAGACACUGAGAGAAGAGAUUGCUAAGGCUGUGCAAAUCCAACAAGUCAUGUCAGUAGAGCCUGCGUCGAAAAAGGAUUUAGAAGGCAUACAGCACCCACAUAUUGAUGCACUGAUUAUAACUGUGGGAAUUGGAAGACGAUUUGAUAUAAAACGAGUCCUGGUAGAUCAAGGUAGUGCAGCAGACAUUUUGUAUUAUGACUUGUUCAAAAAGCUUGGUCUCUCCGAGCAGCACCUCACCCUAGCGGCAGCCCCGUUGGUUGGCUUCAAUUCACAGCCAGAAUGGCCGCUUGGCAGAAUAGUGUUGCCAGUCAUGGCAGGAACAAAAAUCCUCCAGAUAAAGUUCCUAGUUAUUAAUAUACCAUCCCCUUACAACGCCAUGCUUGGCCGUCCAUGGAUUCAUCAAAUGGAGGCGGUCCCUUAA